AUGUCGGAAGACACCACCGACCCAGCGUUGCUCCCCGACCCAGCCCACGAUCUCUCGUUAACGCCGGUUACGACUUCUAAGGAACGCCAUUCACUGACGCUCGAUCAGCGUCGCGCGUUGAGGAGAUGGGCUAGUAGCCAACCUUUGCGCCCUUCCCACAGGGCCUGCAUCGACUGGUUCUUUUCGCAGUACGGGCAGAUGAUCAGCCAGUCCACUGUAUCCCACUCGCUGUCGCCCAAAUACUCUCGACUUGAUGGAGAACACCCGCAGCUGUCUGGGUCGCGUCUACGGUUCGGCAACUGGCCCGACGUAGAGAAGCUGGUUUUGCUGUGGUAUCAGCAAGUGCAAAACUCCGGACGACAACCAACGAACGAUGAGCUGGGCGAAAAGGCGAAGACAAUCUUCAGCCAGCUGCCCCGCUACCGCGACGAGGCCGCGCCCGAGUUCUCGCCCGGCUGGAUCCAUAGGUUCAAGAAGAGAUACGGGCUACUCAUCCGUCGGCAGCGACGGCACAAUGACUCGGCCAUGAAUACCGCCGAGGACGUUGACUACCUCGCCGAGAGCGUCUCGCGCUUCAUGGCCAUAGCGCCAGAUACGAGCCCCGCAGCUAUCCGCGAGCAGGUCCUUCGUGUCGUCGGCGUCGAGGCGUCACUCGGCACCUGUGCCCUCGUCCGCGACGAGAUCCUCCACCGCAUCACCCUCGAGAACCCGCCGACGCACGACAUGCCCAUCUCGCCGCACGAGGCUGAGCUGCCCCCGCCGGUGCCGCCGGAGGAGCAGCAGCAGCAUCAACAGCAUCAUCAGCAUCAUCAACAGCAGCAAGAGCAGCAGCAGCAGCACAUGUACGCGGAGGAUGACCCCGAAGUCGUGCUGCAGAACGCGCUCCGCCAACUCCAGGAAGAAGAGCAGGCCGCCGAGGAACAGGCCGCGGCCGUCCGUGAGGAACGCGAGCGAGCCGAGCGAGCAAGCUUAGGGGUACCACCGAUGAUUGAUGACAGACCGCCACCUGACCACAGAUACGAGACACCGUCGCAUGAAAUGCCGCCAGAGUUGACGUUGACGCCGAUUCACUCCACUGACCCGCUGGAAACUCACGAAAGGCCCCUGCGCUGUCCAUUCUGCAUCAAUCAGCGCAUGCUGAGAAGUAUCAAGGAAGCCGUCGAACACUUGUCUACCCAUGUUGUUGUCUAG